AUGCCGGUCACGGCGUGGAACCUGGACGCGGCCAUGGAGCUCAUGGCCUCGCUCCUGCCGUUGUUCCCCUACGUGGCCGUGGACACGGAGUACCCGGGCGUCGUGCACCACCACAGCCACAGCCCGAACGCCGCCGCCGCUGCCACCGCCGAGGAGCGCUACGCCGUGGCCAAGGCCAACGUGGACGAGCUCCCGAUCGUGCAGCUCGGGAUCACGCUCUGCGACGACCAGGGCCGCCUGCCUGUCUUCCAAGACCACCUCACCGGCUGCCACGUGGAGGUGUCGUGGGAAAUCAACUUCACCGACUUCGACGCCGGCGUCCACCGACAUGCGCCCGAGUCGGUCAACUUCCUCCGGUCGCAGGGUGUCGACUUUGACCUGGCCCGCGCGCAAGGUGUCACCUCCAAUGCCUUCGGACACAAGUUCGUCUCCAUGCUGUCGUCGCCGUCGUCCAACGCGAACAAGCUCACGUGGGCGAUGUUCGGAGGCAUGUACGACCUCGGAUACCUGUUCAAGAUCCUCACCGGGGGCCAGCCGCUGCCGGAGAGGAAGGAGAUGUUUGUGCGUGAGGUCAAGGCUCGGCUCGGCGGCGGUAGGUUGUUCGACGCCAAGUACAUGGCGGAACGCUGCGGGAGGGGCGACCUGCGCGGCGUGGGGCUGAAACGGGUCGCGGCGAACCUCGGCGUGCCGAGGCAUUACCCGGAGCCGCCGUGCCUCGCCGGGCCCAAGAGCAUCCUGGCGUGCCGCAUCUUCACGGCGCUCCGAAGGUCUGUGUUUAGCCCCGACGGCGGCGCGUGCCUCGAAGGUUGCAUCGAUGGGAUGCAAUAA